AAAAAUUCCAAUUCCUCCACCACUCCUCCGUCGACAAGCCAAGCACAUCACAGACAAAAUGGCGCCUGCAGCUGGAGCAAAGAAGCAAAAGAAGAAGUGGUCCAAGGGCAAGGUCAAGGACAAGGCCCAGCACGCCGUCCUGCUCGACAAGACCAUCUCCGAGAAGCUCUACAAGGAUGUCCAGUCUUACCGCCUCGUCACCGUCGCCGUCCUGGUCGACCGAAUGAAGAUCAACGGCUCCCUCGCCCGCCAGUGCAUCCGCGACCUCGAGGAGAAGGGCAUGAUCAAGCCGGUCAUCACUCAUAGCAAGAUGAAGAUCUACACCCGUGCCAUCGGCGAGUAAAUUUACCACCAUGUUUGAAAGUUAAAGCAUUGAGAUUUGGCGCCUGGUUGGUCUGAAAGGAAGAAAAUGGGACCAUGAGUGAAGAGGAUGAUACGAGGUAUAUAAAGCCUUAGUUGGGACGCUUUUCAUGCUCGGUGUAGCAUUUCAUGGGAACCGGAAACGCUUUAGCAAAUGGCAACGGAAUGAAGAACUUCAAAAAAUGACCAAAACGACGCGAAUCCCUCCUUGACCUUUGUGUGACGCACAUGUCCGUUCUGCGAAUAAUUGUGAUGAGAUUAUGGGAUGGACUCAUGCUUUGUUGCCGCAAUAUUAGUAUCGCAUUGGCGGGCUUAUGCUAUCUCUCUUUUUUUUAUGACAUGCGUAAUCGCGAUGUUGAUGUUGCGCCAUGCCAUGCAGCAUACGCCAUCGGUUCAACUGCUACUACUGCAUU